AUGGACCAGGAUCAGACUCCCACAGCUCCAGCACCGAAAAAGAAAACCCGAAGACCAAACAAUGCGUACAUUUUGGCAGAUUUAUACGCCAAAGCUGAACAGAAGUGUUUGCAAUUGAUGGAGUCCUCAAGUGUUGAGACAGAGGAUGAUGUGAACACUUUUGCAAUAAGGCAGCGUAAGCGCCCAAGGAGGUUUGUCUCCGAAUCCUCUGAUGAUGAUGAUUCUGCUCCAGUGGUAGCAGCAACCAAGAAGCAACCCAAGACUCUGACUGUGCCUGGAAGCCCUGUGUGUCGGCAGGACCCAAUGCCCCUACCACCACAAUGGUCAACACCAGCUGGGACUGGAGCCAGUCCUCACCACCCUAGCCCAAGUCCUGUUGACCCUGUUCAAGCCAGCAGCCGGGCGCUUCAUGACGGACAGGGUGUCUCGGCUAUCGCAGCCAUGUUUGAGAGAAUCACAGAGGCCCACAUGAGUCGCUUGAUGCGGAGGAUCGAGGCUAGGUUUGACAAGAUCGAGUCAUUAGUGGAGACCAACGCCCCGACACACACGCCUCAACUCCAGCAAGAAGAUGUGGUGUUGGCUAAACCAUGCAGCACGGUGAUGGAGCUGCUGGAGUUGGAUAGGAGUCUGGAACAACCAGACAAGAGGAACAAGAUGCAACAUUUUCUUGAAACUGUCGGAGGGCAGGUUUAG